AGGAUCUUUUACAGAGGCUUCAGGUUCUUUUGAUUAUCUCUGUUGCCUCUUGGCAUUGGACAAGGCACUCUCUCUCUCUCUCUCCUAAUCUCUUCCUUUUUCUCUUCUCUUUGGUUUUUUGUUUUUCUUUUUGCGUUUUUAACGAGUGAAUUAAUUAAAAGAGGGUGUUUGUUUUCUUUUGUGUCAUUUUAGCAAGUUCCAUAAAGUGGUCAGACUCUUCUUUCACAUCUUUUUAUUCAACUAUGGGAUGAUUUAGGAUUCCCCCUCAGCUCAAACUUCACUAAGCUUUUCUUGAUUUUUGUCUUCUUGUUAUAUAUAUAUUUUUCCCUCUUUAUGUUACUUGUAAUAAUUUUGACAUAAUAAAAAAAUUGGUUAAUUUUUAUUUUGGGUACCAUCUUUUGCUUUUGAUGAUUUCAAUAUGAUUCAUCAACACAUUCAGCUUUUGUUUGAAAAGAUUUUGAAUUCCCAUCUCAAUAUUCCUUCUUUGUGAAUGGGUCUGGGUUGGUUUCCUUAAUGAAGAUAGUUAUGGCUCUCUUUUUCGUGUUUGUCUUAUCUUGGUCUUAAAGUGUUUGUUUUUAUGAUGGUUUUCGUUUGGGUUUGAUUUGUUGUCUUUGUUGAACAUGAAGGAGGUUGAAGAAGCAAACAAGGCAGCUGUUGAGAGCUGUUGUAGAGUUCUUGGUUUGUUGUCUAAACAUAAAGAUCAUCAUCAAGUUCAGUGCAGGAACUUGGCUGGUGAAACUGAUGAAGCUGUGUCUAGAUUCAAAAGAGUUGUGUCUCUCUUAAGCUCAAGUUUUGGUCAUGGAAGAGUCAGAAAGUUGAGAAAGAAACUUUCAUCAUCUUUUCCUCUAAAAAUCUGCUUAGAUAGUCCUAAUUACACACCAGUUUUUUCACCAAAACCUCUCCAAAUAAUCCCAGCUAAUCCUCUGCAGUUGCCACAAACCUCAUCACCAAAGUUCCCUCUCCAAGCAAUCCCACCACAACAGUUCCACUUUAUGCACCAUCAACAACAGAUACAAAGGUUGAGAUUUCAACAGCAGCAGCAAAAGUGUCAAGGUGAUAUGAAUAUGAUGUACUCUAGCAGGAGUACCAACAGUGGCAUAAACCUCAAAUUUGAUGGCUCUAGUUGCACACCAACCAUGUCCUCAACAAAGUCUCUAAUAUCAUCUUUGAGCUUGGAUGGAAGUGGGGCUAACUUUGAUGGGAAUUCGUUUCAAUUGAUUGCUGUUCCACAGAACUCAAGUCAGAUCUCUCAACAGUCCAAGAGGGCUAGGUGUUCUGGCAGGGGAGAAGAUGGGAGUAUGAAAUGUAGCAAUGUUGGUAAAUGUCACUGCUCAAAGAGGAGGAAACACAGGAUAAAGAGGUCAGUCAAGGUACCUGCUAUAAGUAACAAGGUUGCAGAUAUUCCUCCUGAUGAGUAUUCAUGGAGGAAAUAUGGACAGAAACCAAUCAAGGGUUCUCCACAUCCGAGGGGAUACUAUAAAUGUAGCAGUAUGAGAGGAUGCCCAGCAAGGAAGCAUGUGGAGAGAUGUCCUGAAGACCCUUCAAUGCUAAUUGUAACCUAUGAAGGCGAGCAUAAUCAUUCCAGGUUACAAUCAUCACAAUCAGCCCAUACAUGAAGCUGCACGGCCAACAUCGCCAGCUUACAACCAGCCAAGUUUAGUUAACCUGUAACUUUGAAUUUCUGGUGUAUAUAAUUUGUAGUUCAAGUUUGUGAUUACAAAUGCUGAAGCUAAUUACUAGAACUUCUCUAUAUAUGCUCUUUGGCUUCUGUGUCUCCGCAAGCGGAGAGCCACAGAGGAGACAAAGCUAAAAGCCUCUUAUAUAUGUAUUGGCUGUAAAAGCUAAGUCAUGUUGCUUUUGUUUCUUUUCUUGCAAAGUUUUUGGUUUUAACUCAUAGGUUUUUUGGGUGAUUGUGAUGUUAUUAGUGUAAUAUUUGAAUUUUCAGUUAUAUAAUGCAUGCUUUACUAAA